AUGCCCGCCCUCAAGAAGCGCAAGAUCAGCGGCGAGCCCGCUGCUGCGAAGCCCAGGGCGGCUGCUGCCUCUGCCCGCGACGCUCCCUCCAAGACGCAGAAGGCCGAGCCUACGAAGCCUGCCGAGCCCACCUCUGACGAUGCGCAAAGCGAUGCCGAAGACGCUUCCACCGAGGAAGCACAAGCGACAGAGGGUGAACAGGCACGGAAGAGUUUCAGGGAUCUCGGUAUCAUGGAGGAGCUCUGCAACAGCUGUGAAGCUCUGGGAUUCAAGAACCCGACUCCCAUUCAGACCGAAUCCAUCCCGUUGGCUCUCCAAGGACGGGACCUGAUCGGUCUGGCCGAGACUGGUUCAGGAAAAACGGCAGCGUUUGCGCUGCCCAUCCUUCAGGACCUCAUGGAGAGACAGCAGAAACUUUUCGGCUUGAUCAUGGCACCAACCCGCGAACUGGCCUACCAAAUUUCACAACAAUUCGAGGCACUGGGCAGCCUGAUCGGAGUCAAGUGCGCGGUCCUGGUUGGUGGUAUGGAUAUGACGCCCCAGCAGAUUGCCUUGGGAAAGAAUCCACAUAUCAUCGUCGCCACCCCCGGUCGUCUGCUCGACCAUCUCGAGAACACCAAAGGUUUCUCUCUAAAGCAGCUGAAGUACUUGGUCAUGGACGAAGCAGAUAGGCUGCUGGAUCUCGACUUCGGUCCCAUCAUCGACAAGAUCCUCAAGGUUUUGCCCAAAGAGGGCAGACGAACCUAUCUAUUCUCGGCCACUAUGAGCUCAAAGAUCGAGAGCCUUCAAAGAGCCAGUCUGAGCAAUCCUCUCCGCGUGUCCAUUUCAAGCUCCUCCCAUCAGACAGUCUCGACCCUUAUCCAACACUACUUGUUCGUUCCCCACAAGCACAAGGAUCUCUAUCUCAUCCAUCUGCUCAACGACAUGAUCGGCCAUCCAACCAUCAUUUUCACGCGCACCGUCAACGAGACGCAAAGGAUCGCAAUCUUGCUCCGGGCUUUGGGCUUUGGCGCCAUCCCUCUCCAUGGCCAACUUUCCCAAUCUGCAAGAUUGGGCGCGCUGGGGAAGUUCAAGGCAAAGUCGCGAGACAUUCUUGUCGCUACCGAUGUUGCUGCUCGUGGUCUCGACAUUCCAAGUGUCUCAUAUGUUAUCAACUACGAUUUGCCUCCGGAUUCGAAGACGUACGUCCAUCGUGUUGGACGUACGGCCCGCGCUGGAAAGUCUGGUAAAGCUCUUUCUCUGGUCACGCAGUACGACGUGGAGAUCUGGCUGCGCAUUGAGACCGCACUGGGUAAGAAGUUGACCGAAGAGUCGGUUGAGAAGGAGGAGGUCAUGAUCCUCGCUGAGCGUGUGGGUGAGGCACAGAGAGCUGCAGUCAGGGAGAUGAAAGAUCUGCAUGAGAACAGAGGCAAGAAGGGCAGUGUGCUCCGCGGAAGAAGGGGUGGCGGAAAGAGGGGCCGCGAUGACAUGGACCACGAGGAGGGCUGA